AUGGCAUCAGGAUACGACAGAGCGCUCUCAGUCUUUAGUCCCGACGGCCAUGUUUUCCAGGUAGAAUAUGCGCUCGAAGCUGUCAAGAGAGGCACCUGCGCCGUCGGCGUGAAGGGCAAGGACAUCGUCGUGCUGGGCUGUGAAAAACGAUCCGCCAUGAAACUACAGGACACCCGCAUCACACCCUCCAAGCUCUGUCUGCUAGACAACCACGUCUGCCUCGCCUUUGCUGGCCUAAACGCCGAUGCCAGAAUACUCGUCGACAAAGCCAGGGUAGAAGCACAGUCCCACCGCCUCACGGUCGAAGACCCCGUUACCAUCGAAUACAUCACCAAGUACGUCGCCGGCGUGCAGCAGCGGUAUACGCAGAGUGGCGGUGUGAGGCCGUUUGGCAUUAGUACGCUGAUUGUUGGAUUUGAUCAUGGCGAUAAAGUCCCGCGUCUGUACCAGACGGAGCCUUCGGGGAUUUAUUCGGCUUGGAAAGCAAAUGCCAUUGGACGAUCAAGCAAGACGGUCCGGGAGUUUUUGGAGAGACAUCACAAGGAUGAUAUGGAUAGGGAGGCAACGAUUCAACUGACGAUCAAGUCGUUGCUGGAGGUUGUGCAGACUGGGGCUAAGAAUAUUGAAAUCGCCAUUAUGGCCCCCGGGAAAACUAUGGAGCUACUACCCAGCGAGCAGAUCGAGGCUUAUGUUAAGAGUAUAGAAGCCGAGAAACAGGAAGAGGCUGCGAAGAAGAAGACGGGCCGGACUCCUGGGACAGGCACGGCGGCGAUAUUAACUAGGGGCGGAGGUGAGGGUGCCGAGAGUUGA